UAAAUUUCAUAAAUUAAUAAAUGUUUUCUCAAUUCAUGCUUGUGUCCUUCUCUCAGUACUGUUUCCUAAACUGUGAUUCAAUUUCCUUGUUAAGAAUAAUUUCCUUAUUAAGACAUCUUUUUGCUUGUUACGUUCCUGAAUUGGUACCGUUAUACCAGGACUUCAGCGGAGCGUUGAACCAGAAACCGGUGCAGUGGAACCACGUCAUUCCACGAUACACCACCGACAAGUGUGUUUGAGUCCAAGAAGAGGAAGGAAUUAUUGCAAAAUAUUACUUCCAUCCAUAAAGAUGGCGUAAAUAACGACAUGUGAUAAGAACAGCUGAUUUUUUUUCACACGCAAUUCUGUGAAAUCUGCGACGGGAGCUGCGACGUACGAUUUAUGAAUCAUACGGUGAAUCAAAAUGGAUAGUUUGUGACCUGUUGCUCUAGAAGAUAACAUGGGAAAAGCAAAAGAAAAUGGAUUGAGUAAUGUGGGAUGUAAAAGUGUUAAAAGCAAAUUCUGGGCUUAUGUAUUAUGGCUGUUCGGUGGACUUUUCGGAGCACAUCAUGUGUAUCUCGGCAGGGACGAUCAGGCUUUUGUGUAUAUGAGCACAUUGGGUGGUUACGUGGGUUGUGGUUUUCUCAGGGACAUUUACAGGAUACCUGCAUACGUAGCCGAGGCAAAUGAGGAUCCGUCGUUUAUCGAGGAUUUUAAACGAAAAGUCAGAACCAAUCGAAAGCCUCCAUUUACCGCGGUACGAUUCUCAGCGCAAGCCGCGGUCGCUUAUUUAUGGGCCGAGCUAUUCAAUAGCGCAAUUCCACAAGAGGAAAUAUAUGGUAUAAAUUUUAGGCGUCUGCUGAUCCUAAUACCGGCCGUGAUCGCUCUAGGUGUAUGGACAGUCGGAAAUAUCGGAAGAGAACAAGGUUCGAUAUGGGCAACGCUUGUCACUGCUUAUUUUUUAUAUCCAACCUUGUACUACAUCGGCGACGAUAGCAUGUGGAUCUUCUUCAUGGCAAUCGCCUCGACUCUGAGCUUCGAUUCCUUUAGCAAGCAAUGGCGAUUGAAACCAAAGAAGAAGAAAAGCUUCAUCCGGCGAAUGGUGUGCUUAGGCUUAGCGAUGAUGCUCUACUUUGCCGUGAUCGGCGGUUACUUAUACUUCAAUGCGGUUAUUACGGAUAGCGAAGGCGAAGAGAUUAAGCUAUCGGAGGCAGUGCAACAUUUCCUCACCUCGCCAAUCUGGACGGAUCUCAAGGCAAGUUUAGAAGCCACGUGGAACCAGGCAAAGCAUCAAGGUUUUUGGGCAACGUGGGCGCAACUGGUAGAUCUUACAGAUCCUCGAGGCGAGAUAAACGCUUACAAGGUUCUGGGUCUGUCACAAACCGCUUCGCAGAAUGAAGUCACGGCACGAUGGAGAACUCUGUCCAGGGAUAAUCAUCCUGAUAAGGUUAAAGGUUCGGAAGAGGAAAGACGUAAAGCUCAAGAAAAAUUCAUGGAGAUCCAGCAGGCGUACGAGAUCCUGUCUCAGGCCAAGAAUCGCCGGCAACGACGGAAUCGCCGUUCCGAGGGAUAGAACGCCGUGCGUACUAUCGACUUGAGGGAUCAAUAAAGAACAAAGAAUCGAUAAAAGAAUAUCCAAAUAUAUCAAUUUCCGCAUCUCCAUCGCAGCGGGAUAAUUAGCCUAUAAUCAAAAGACAAUCGUUGAUUAAUAAGACAUUUAUUUAAACAACCAUCUGACAGUAACUGCAUCGAUAUAAAAUCUUGUACGUAAAACGCAUGUAUCAUAAGUUAGGGGAAGACUUGCGACGUCGAUCGCAAGUCCGCUCGAUCAUCUUUAACGCUUUAAUCAAUAAAAACCCCGAAUUUCGGUUCGCAUGCUUCAAGUUA